AUGACACAAGAAAGUUGCCAGUAUCUGGGCAAACUUCCACCUAAGCUUCAAGAUCCAGGAAGCUUCACCAUUCCUUGCAUUAUAGGAAAUACAUACCAAGGGAAGGCCUUGUGUGAUUUAGGGCCAAGCAUCAAUCUCAUGCCUCUAUCUGUUUUCAAACAAUUAUCCACGGGGCCAGCUGAACCAACCACAGUAACUUUACAGAUGGCAGACAGAUCCAUUGUCAAGCCAGAAGGGAAGAUUGAAGAUCUGCUAGUCAAAGUAGACAAAUUUAUCUUGCCCGCUGAUUUCAUCAUCUUGGAUUACGAAGCUGAUAUUGACGUUCCCAUCAUUCUGGGUAGACCGUUCCUAGAAACUGCAGGGGCAGUUAUCAAUGUACAAAAAGGGGAACUAACUAUGAGAGUUCAUGUUGAUGAAAUCAAAUUUAAUAUCGUUAAAGCAAUGAAGUUCCAGGAUGAAGAAGAAGAUUUGGAAGAGUGUUCUGCACUUACUUUGUUAGAUAACUAG